AUGGAUUUAGAACGGUUUGAGAAUUACCCAUGGGGGAGAGUCGCGUUUAAGGUGCUGAUGGACUCUUUGUGGAACAAAGAGAUUACUGGCUGUUACACCGUGGAUGGGUUUAUACAAGUUCUUCAGGUCUGGGCGUACACAGCUAUUCCGGGAAUGGGUGCUAGUAUUGGUAGUCCCAGAGCAAACAGUCCGUCUCCACCGAUUCUGGCUUACGAGGGCAGCAGAGGCCGCAGAUUCAUGAAAGCUGCUAUCUUGAGUCAGACCCGCGUGAUCAACUUUGUUGAGAAGGACAUUAGUGAAAUGUGGCCAAAAUGGGACUCUGAGGUUGAGGACGUGCCCGCGGAGAACAUCAUUAAAGUCAUGUAUGAUCGGAGACCGUGGAAGUGGACCAUGGAUUGCUAG